CUUAACAACUGUCACUCUAAAACUUAUGUAAUUGAAGUUUGAUGGGAAAAACGCUUAUUUUGAGCAGGAAUAGAUCAUUCUCUUCACUUGAGCGCGAACACAAACAGGUUUUGCUUGUGUCUGUGUGCGUGCGCGUAUGUGUGUGUUUGUUGGCUGAGGUGUGUGUUUUCCUCUUCUUCAACUGGAGCGAAAGUUAAAGCGUUUGUCGUUCGUCAUGACGGUCUUACAUCGGUGAAGGGAUUUCAGACAGGGAAUCGAGGGAAACCGCAAUUUAGAUAGGGUGUAAAUAUGGCUCAUCGUUCUCAGUGCUCCUCUGCCGGGGACAACCCCCUGGACCCCAACUACCUGCCCCCUCACUACCGUGAGGAAUACCGAAUGGCUAUCGACGCCCUGGUUGACACUGACUUGGAGGGCUACUAUGCGUUUCUUAAGAUGGCAGAUGUGGUUGAUUUCUUAUCCCGUACAGAGAUUGAGUAUAUCAAAUGCAAUGUGCAAGCUCCAUACCAGACCGCCAAACUAGAGAAGAGAUGCAUGACUGAAGAUGUAGAUGGUUCUUCUGACACUUACUGGCCGGUACAUUCAGACCACGAUGCUCCGGGCCUUGACUUAGGCUGGCCACAGCAAUACAGAUUUGUUGGACCUACUGAGGUCACUACUUUGGUGAACCCGCCUGACCCCGAGAUGCCCAGUAUUAAAGAGCAAGUCCGCAGAAUGAUCAAGAGUGCACAACAAGUUAUCGCUGUGGUGAUGGAUAUGUUUACAGAUGUUGACAUCUUUGCUGAUAUCCUUGGUGCAGCGACACGUGGUGUGGCUGUUUAUGUUCUGCUUGAUGAACUGAAUGCUCAACAUUUUGUUGCGAUGGUGAACAACUGUAGGGUGAAUCUGGAUGAGAUAAAAUUCAUGCGGGUAAGAACUGUGUCUGGUAGUACCUAUUCCUGCCGCACAGGGAAGAACUUCAAAGGUCAGAUGAUGAGUCGCUUUAUACUGGUAGACUGCAGAGCUGUUUUAAGUGGCAACUAUAGCUUCAUGUGGUCUUUUGAGAAGAUACAUCGUUGCCUUGCUCAUCUGUUUCUGGGACAGCUUGUAACCACCUUUGAUGAAGAGUUUCGGAUUCUGUUUGCCCAUUCAGAGCCACUGGUUGUUGAAAAUGUUUUGGCAAAUAUGCCACACUAUGACAGGGAACCUGAAGGCUACUACAAGACAGAAAAGACCCACAUGUUUAACAGACAAUAUCCAGCUAUGGGUAUGGAAUGGGCUGAACGCACUGCAGAAGAGCAUUUGAAUGUGGGUCACAAAAUGUUACCCUUUAGGAGUGAAUCCAUCCACAGUGCAGGAGAAGCAAAUCCUUCUGUUCAGAGGCACAUGAACCUGCAUGCUGGUCAACAAUAUAGAGGGGGCCAUCAAUUUAUAGAGCAUGGAAGGCAAAUGAGAGGACCAAAUGAAAUGGUUGGCUUAAAAAGGCAUAGCUACGGAAAUAUACCUGAUUAUGAAUACCUGCCUCCUCAAAACCAUCCAACAAUGAAAGGAAACCAGUACAUGGAGGGAGCUGUGCUCCAGGGUGGCCAUUUUGCAAGGGAUCCAAAUAUUUACCAGGGAGCUGGAUUACAAUCUGGUUAUGACAUGUAUGGGAAGUUUACAGGCCAAGGCCAAAACAUUGAUCAGUUUUCAGGGUCUAGCUACCCUCAUGGGGGAGAUGAGGCUGAACCAACUGGAGCUUACGACCAUGUUCAAAGAUACCUGCAGUCUCACUCGGCUAUGGAGGAAGAAUAUGGUCCAAGAAUUGUAUUGCCACCUGUGCAGUCUAAUAUUAAGAGACAUAGCAGGGGUCAGUCUUAUACCUGUCAGACCUCACCAACACAACCAAACCUGCCAGAACAGAAACGUUUCUUUAAUGUAAACCGCAAACCACAGGAUAUGAGUCAAAAGCAAGGCCUGCGGGACUGGAGGAUCAGCUCGUACCUUAGUGCAUAUGAUGAUGCAGGAGAACUGGAUUUAGCUGAACUUGAAGGAUCCAGCGCAUGUGGUGACAUUCCAUGUUUUACGCAGGAAGCUCCUUGUGGUCCUGUACGUGCUGAAAUUAGACCAGACGUUCCAUGUUUUACGCAGGAAGUUCCUCGUGGUCCUGUAUGUGCUGAAAUUAGACCAGGAAACAGAGAGUUUAACAGGGUACCUUCAUCUAGGGAAAAUCCCAUGUUUGUCCAGAUUCAGAAUGAUUCUGUUGUGCCUGAUAUUUCAGUAAAUCAUCCAACAGUCUUAUCAAAUAUCAAAACAACACCAACAUCAACUUCAGAGUCUUCUUGCACCACUGAGGGUGACAAAGUGGAGGAGACGCAGAACAGAGAACCUAAAGAGAGAAACCGGAUUAGUGAAGAGUUCCUCAAGAGGAAACCCAGCCGCCCUGUCCAGAGGAGUUCCAGACUGAGACACUCACUGAUAUUCAGUUCAAAUUUGGAGUUGAAUACGGCAGGAGAUAUGAAAGAUACUGCAGGAGAAAAAGAAGAGGAUGAAGCUUCAAAACCUUUAGCUCGUGUCUCACAUAUCUUGGAUAAAAAGAGGACUAGUUCUUCAUUUCAACCAUUUCAGUGGAGCAAUUUUGUAAAGUCAGCCACAUUUGAUAACUCCACCAUAGAGUCUGCACAACCUGAGGAUGAACUGAACAAAAUGGGUGAAAAUUCUGAUUUAGAUAAAGUUGAAAACUCCCAAAAACUUAAAACAAAGGGUCCUCUGCAAGAAAAAGACCAACCUCAAACAGCAGUUCCUGAAAGAAAAAGCCAGAGGGAUGAAUGUCCCUCUAAUCUAUUGCAAAAGUCAUCUUCUUUGAUAGAUAUGAAUGACCCUGACUGCAGACUGAGGUAUUUCAAAGAGUUGGCAGCCAAACGCAAACUUGCAGCAGCAAAGGUUUCUCAGAGCAAUCCGGUGAAAGCCACCCAAAAGUUUGCUCUACCAGAGAAACCUUCAACUACUGACGCAGAUAAAAAUGCAGGACCUGUUUUCAAGACCCCAGAAACUACACUCAAGACAAAAAAUACCACUGUCCCAGCACCAGAGACCAAAGAAACCUGUAAAGACACCAAACGUGAGGAAUCAAGUAAAGACAUCAUGCAUAGAGCUACUGAUGCAGAAAAAAUUAGAUUUAAGAAAAGACUUGCGGAAGAAUCUGGCUCCACAUUUUUUCAAAAAGACACUGAUCCAACUCUAAAACCUGUUGAAGAGGCAAGAACAGUUUCUACAGCUAAAAAUCAGACAUCCCCCAUUUUAAACAUUUUUGCACAAAAGUCUUUCUGUGCUUUGUCUGGUGAGUCCACAGAUCCUUGUGCAAGCUCAUCCUCAGAACCUUGCUCAAAAAACUCCCUUUCUACAGCCAAUGCUACAUUGGUGGCUCAAGCAGAGUCUGUUGCAUUCAAUACUCCCUCAACAGAAUCCGGCCUCAUCCAAUUUCACAGUACAAAAGAAACAGACCACUCCCAUGGUGUUUUGACAGGGAGUUGUCCGCCAGUAAAGUUACCACAGACAAAGUGUAUGUCACCACUUAGCGCCACUCAAAGUGAGGGCUGUCUAUUUGCAAAUGACUCCCAAACUCUUGCACAGAGCUCACCCAAUAUUUCUAGCACAUGCUCUGAUACUGUAUCUCUGGAUUCUAAUUCAAAACCAAGCCUUGCAAAUGUAGAUACAUCUGUACCCUCAAAACCUGACCACAUAAAUAAUGUUCCCUCAGCAUUUUCUACAGCUGGAAUUAGUUCCUCUCAACACCCCACUGCAACAAAGGCAGACUCAUUUCAGCACCUCACUGAAACUGUGGAAGAUUUUUCCAGACACUCCACCACAGUAGGGUCUGAACCAUCUGCAGCAGAAAGUGCAUGUUCACAACACCCCUCUGCAGCAGAGAUGGACUCUUCUCAGCAGCCCGCUGCAUCAGUGGUAGACUCUUCCCAACAUCACACUGCAAAAGAAAGUGAACUUUACCCAAAACCCACUGCAACCGGUACAGAACCUUUCAAACAGACUACUCCAUCAGUCACAGACUCUUCACAGCAGCCCACUGGAACAGUCACAGACUCUUCUCAACCACCUACUGUAAUAGAGACAGAUUCUUCUCAAAAGCCCAUUGCAAUGGAGACAAACAUUUCUCAGCAGUCCACAGCAUCAGUGGUAGACGGCAUUCAACAGACAACUGCAUCAGGGGUAGUCGCUCCCCAAAAGCACACUGCAAUAGAAUGUGAACUUUCCACAGAACCUUUCAGGCAACCACAUGCAUUGGGAGCAGACUCUUCUCAUCAGCCUACUGCAACAGUCACACACUCUGCUCAACCACCCACUGCAAUAGUGACUGAUUCUUCUCAAAAACCUGUUGCAAUGGAGACAGACACUUCACAGCAGUCCACAGCAUCAGUGGUAGAUGCCAUCCAACCGCCAACUGUCCCAGACUCUUCCCAGCAGCUCACUGCAAAAGUCACAAACUCUUCCCUGCAGCCCACUGCAACAGUCACAGACUCUUCCCAGCAGCCCACUGCAACAAUCACAGACUCUUCCCAGCAAUCCACUGCAAGAGUCCGAGACCCUACCCAGAAGCCCACUGCAACAAUCACAGACUCUUCUCAACAGCCCACUGCAACAGAGACAGACUCUUCCCAACAGCCCACUGCAACAGUCACAGACUCUUCCCAGCAGCCCACUGCAACAGAGACAGACUCUUCCCAGCAGCCCACUGCAACAAUCACAGUUUCUCCCCAGCAGCCCACUGCAAUAGUCACAGACUCUUCCCAGCAGCCCACUGCAACAAUCACAGUUUCUCCCCAGCAGCCCACUGCAAUAGUCACAGACUCUUCCCAGCAGCCCACUGCAACAAUCACAGUUUCUCCCCAGCAGCCCACUGCAAUAGUCACAGACUCUUCCCAGCAGCCCACUGCAACAGAGACUGCGUCUUCCCAGCAGCGAACUGCAACAAACGCAGACUUUUCCCAGCAGCCCACUGCAACAGAGACAUAUUCUUCCCAGCAGCCCACUACGACAGAGACAGAUUCUUCCCAGCAGCCCACUACAACCGAAAUAGACUUUUCCCAUCAGCCCACUACAACAGAAACAGACUCUUCCCAGCAGCCCACUAUAACAGAGACAGACUCUUCCAAGCAGCCCAAUACAACAAAGACAGAUUCUUCCCAGCAGCCCACUAAAACAGAAAUAGACUCUCCCCAUCAGCCCUUUACAACAGAAACAGACACUUCCCAACAGUCCACUACAACAGAAACAGACUCUUCCCAGCAACCCACUGCAUCAGAGACAGAUUCUUCCCUGAAGCCCACUACAACAGUCACAGACUCUUCCCAGCAGCCUGCUGCACCAGAGACAGAUUCUUCCCAGAAGAACACCACAACAGUCUCAGACUCUUUGCAUCAGCCCAUUGCAAAAGACACUGAUUUGUCCCAGCAGCUCACUGUAACAGAAAGUGAAUCUGUAACAGAAAGUGAAUCAUCCCAAAACUCUACUAAAAUGAUGGCAGACCCUUCCAAACAUCCGAUUGAAACAGUAAAUGAAUCCCUUCAACACAUCAAUGCAACAGAGUCUGACUGUGUGAAUGAGAAAAAGAAAAAAGAUGAUAACUUAUCCGAACCCUUCAGCAAACCCGUUUCAGAUGCUAACAUUACACAAGCAGACAAUAGUGUAUCUCAAAUUACAGUCAUUACAGACUUAAGUUCCACAGCUAAGCAUUCCCAAUCUGAUACUGUUCCACCUUGUGAUAGCCAAGUGGAACUAAACCAAACACAAGCAGGGACCAAACCAUGUAUAACUCCAAUGGAAAAAGACACUGACAAUGAUGAUUUAACUAGUCUCAAUUCAGUUGAGGUGAGCUCAACUCAGCCUCAAGGUUCACCACAGAUUUGCCUGUCCUCAAAUGAGAUUAACUCAACUCAGGAAAUCACACAAUUACAAUCUUGCCUAUCAUCAAACCCUAUGGAAUCUAGUUGUAUAAAUGACCCAAAACCUGAGAAAACAGAUGAGUGCCAGAAGAAUGAGACCAUUACAGAGCAAUCUCAGAGGCAUGAAUCUUCAGAUAUAGCUGAAGGGCCUGAGAUAACUCAGACAGAGGUUUCUACAGCCCCAGACCCUAAACAAACAACACCAGAGGUGGAAAACUCUGUGUCUAACUUUGCAGAGGGUUCAGAUAUGACUAUACACAGUAAUUCAGAAAAUUCAGUAACUCAGUCAUCUGUUGCAAAGAAUCCAAAAUCAAUCAUGUCCACCCAUCAGUCCUCUACUGCAAAUGUUAUCUCGUGCAGCAACCUUAGAGAUGACACUAAAGUUCUUUUAGAGCAAAUUUCAGCAAAAAACCAAAGCAGAUCAUCCCAGUCCAAGGAGACUCUUGCUGCACCCAAUGAAGCAAAAGAGGGUGAGGUUAGCUCUGCAGAUAAACUGUUCUCAAAUUAUUCAGGAAGGCCCUGGUCCUCCAAGGCUACACCAGAAGAACGGGAUAUGUUACUACAGAAGAUGGAGAAAAUGCGGAAAGAGAAAAAGGUCUACAGCCGUUUUGAGGCCUCAUAAUUUGAAUCUUCAGAAGAGUGGCUCCAGUAAAGGAACAAUACGAGGGAAACAAUUUGGUUCUUUCCUCCAGUCUUACCUCAUAACUGUGAACUUGUGUCUCAAAACGUCUGAUAAUACCAAGGAUUGCUGCCUAUUUUGAGAGAAUGGAAAUCCCUGCAAGACUUAACAGAUGAACUGCAUGACAAAAAACAGGAACACAACCCUUACCAGCUGGAAUAAGCUUUCAAUAGGGCAGGUAUUUCCUAUUGUGUGUGUAUAUAUAGCUGUGAAACAAAUAUCUGAAUCUUUUGUAAUUAUCAGGAUUUCUGAAUCCAGAAAUUCUGAUCUAAAAAAAGUUGUUUACCAAACAAAAAGCGGUCAUUACAAAGUGAACUGCCAAAGACAGAGCAUGUGAGCGAUGUGGACUGGGGGACUGGGGGAGGAGUUGUGUGAUAUUGCCAGGAGCAAGGGGCAGGUUUUUUGAAAGUCUCCAAGAUCGUUCCGAUACUGCUCCAACAUGUUAACAGACUAGUGUUCUUGUUUCAAUACAGCAUGAAACUUUUCUCCAAGUAUUGUUUAUUUUUUCAUUUAAUAUAAUUAUCUUGUGCCAAGAUGUUUGUGAUAUUAAAAACAAACAUUGAAAGAACUUUAUAGUGGAUCAGUAACUGGGCACACAUUUUUCUAUGUGGUUUACAUGAAGCAGUGAGUGAGCAGCAGGAAACAGAAAACAUGGAACAAAGUGGAGCUAGAGUGGAAUGAUCACAGGAUGCUUUGGAAAGGGGAAAUUGUUCAGGAUGUUCCACUGGAUGCUUAAGUGUUUACUAAUCCAUUUUUUAAAGACAUGCCACUGUAAAAUACAUUCUGUUGGUUUAUGUUGAUACACGACGGAAACUCCUAAAGCACAUGUUUGUGAGUCAAGGUAACAUAUUGUUAAGAGCGUGUGCAAGAACUUCUUUUAGCAAAAUCACUAAAGUACACAAUAAAAAUAGGACAAAAAAGUUGAGUAACUAAGUUAGAUGAAAUGUGCAAUAUUGUGAAUUUUGGAUGAGAUAUUAUUGAUUUAUUUAAAAUGUGAAACCUGUGUGUAAACAAUUGUCAAUGUAGUGAGACAUUUUUUGCAUCUGUUUUUGAUGGAGCUAUGUGUGUAGAGAACCAAUAAUGUCUGUUACAUGUUGCCACCUAUUCCAAAGGCUUUAUGUUUGAAUCAUGUUUAGAAAAAAGUUAGAUCUACUUCACUGACAUUGAAAUAAAAUAAAACUAGGAUAUGUUCUUCAAAUAUUAAAA